UCCACCAGGAGGAGCCUCAGCGCUUCACCUCAGGUUCACCUGCCCAACCUGCUGGUCAUGUUCCACGCCUCCAUCACCCUGCAGCCGCUCCCUACCUGAAGGGCCGCCCACCGCAGCACAAGCUGGAAGCGCUGCUGUGUGCUGUGCAAACAAAGCAGCUCUGUUGACUGAGCCGGAAGGACAGGAAGCUGCUGACAGGCGUCCAUGGGGAAGGACAGAUCUGCAGCCGUCGUCUGUCCUCUUUAGAGAAGCAGGCGGGUCUCAGUGUCGUCUUACAUCUAGACUUUAGACGGCGACAGCACUGAAUGGAAACAUGGGAUCAGAUGAGGCUUACAACUUUGUGUUUAAGGUGGUCCUAAUUGGAGAAUCUGGUGUUGGGAAGAGCAACCUGCUGUCCAGAUUCACUAAAAACGAGUUCAACCACGACAGCCGCACCACCAUCGGGGUGGAGUUCAGCACGCGGACAGUUCAACUCAACAGCUUCACUAUCAAGGCACAGAUCUGGGACACGGCUGGUCUAGAACGCUACCGGGCCAUCACAUCUGCAUACUACAGGGGCGCCGUUGGAGCCCUGCUGGUCUAUGACAUCACCAAACAUCUGACCUAUGAGAGCGUGGAGCGCUGGCUGAAGGAACUGUACGACCACGCUGACCCCCACAUGGUGGUGAUGCUAGUGGGCAAUAAAACGGACCUGGAAUCAGAGCGAUCUGUGCCCACAGAGGAGGCCAAAGACUUUGCAGAAAAGAAAGGCCUGUUGUUUCUGGAGACUUCGGCUUUGGAAUCAACUAAUGUGGAAUCAGCGUUCAACACGGUGCUGGAAGAGAUUCACAAGAAGGUGAGCAGCAAAGAAGUGAUCCGAGGAUCCAUAAAGGCGGUGACCCUGAACAGCUCCAGACCAGAGGAUGAGGAGGAGAAGAAGCCCUGCUGCAGGAACAUCUGAACCCACCAGGACCCCCCCUCUGAUGCCGGGGAGAAGAUGGCAGCUGACAUGGAGACUUCAUGCUCCUAAACAUACGGGCUGUGGUUUGGCUUUCUAAUGACUCAUGUCUGCAUUUCAAAGCCUGAAUAUGAAGGAUGUUUCUGGAAACUAACGUCCAGCUUCAUCCAAACUGGAAGGAAGCAUGGAAACCUUGGAGCAAAGCUGAUGCCUGAAUAAAGAAAUGUUCACAUAGAGUCUGAUUAUGAUGAUGAGUGCUGUAAGCUAACCUCCGUAAGCUCAAUCAUUAAAGUCUUUGUUUUUUGCUGAGAAAUAAAUAUUCCU